GUUACAGGCCCAGACCCCAGCUCCAAGUACCUUGCCACCGGCGGUGUCCGAUGCGGAGGUAUGCGCCCAAAGUUACCCCGCACAGCAGGGUUACCCCAUGGGGAGGACAGCACAGAUCACGGGAAAGUUGGGCCUCAACACAUUCGCAGCCAGCUUCGGCAACCCAAAUCCAUGCUUGGUCCAGUGUCGGACCGCCUCGGGUAACGUCUGGACGGCAGCCAAGCCUUGGGGCACGCCCUGCAUCUUGCACGGGGAACAGCGGUUCUGCGCGGCCAAUGCGUGCGUGCUGAAGAACGACUCGUACAUCGACUACUGCCGCCAGAACUUCCAGACCAGCAACGCAGUCAUUGCUCUGACUCCAUACAUGUGCACUCUGGAGUGUAUCGACAUCACUACUGGAAUCGUCCUCAAGGUGAAGAUGACAGACGGCACUGCGUGCCAAGCUAAUACCGGCCGGGGAUACGAGCCGGGCUUCUGCUACAGCGGGGCAUGCACCGUCGCCAUAGUGCCAUACGUGCGACGGCUCUUCCCAGGUUACAACAGGCUCGGCCUGCUGUUCGGAUGACGUCACUGCCUUCGUGACCCGCAGAUUUUCCACACAAGUCAACUCGAGCUGAUUUCGACGCGGAUUCUGGUUGUUAGCGAGCAGAAACGAAUGACAACAAGAUCAUGCCCUGUGGUUGUGGUGCAACUUGGCUGUACCGUGCAGAGUUGUGCGUUGACCGUACUUCUUCUUCUGGUUAGUCCUAACAAUUUGUGGCUUAGCAGAAGUAAUUCCACUCGAAGUCUGAAUCCUCGCACUUCCUAAGCAACCACCCGUUACGGAUGUGCCAGUUAUAAUUUUUUUAUAGCCGCAGGAUUACAAAAACAAACCACAAGAAUUUACUUAAACUCGAGUCCUUGAGGGUUCAGCUUAAUUAAGCACUUUCAUGUUAACAUUGCUAAAUAAGUUUUUUCGUGCCGUGACUCGAACUUGCAAUCAGGUGCUUGAUCGGUGUUAUUUCUUCUU